AUCCUGACUGCAGUCUACCCAGGCUAGAGGUGCUCGGCAAAUGGCAGCGUUUUAGUCCAUUACUGGAUCUUUUACCUCCCGGUAUAUCAACCCUAAUUCUGCCAUGAGUGCCUCAUCCCUGCCAUUUGUGGUUGGAGCAAACACUGUGGAAGACCAGCGGGCUCGAUGGGAGAGGAAGCGCAGCAGGACAGCCAAGGAACUGCUGGAAACAGAGCACAAAUACCUUGAGCAGCUGGAUUUGGUUCUCACAUACUUUGUGACAAUUUUAAAGGCCAAAGGAACGCUGAAACCUGCUGUGUUGGAAACUAUAUUUGGACCCCUGGAGUCCUUAUAUUCAGCCAGCCAUGUUCUGUCACUUCACCUGGAGAAAGGGAAUUUGGGACCAGGGCUAGAAAACUUUUGUCAGAGUCUGGAUCUUUAUGGCCGCUAUGCUGAAAAUUUGGAGCAGGCAAAUAAAACCUUGAAGGAGCAAGUGAGGAAAAAUAAGUCAUUCCGGCGGUUUAAGAAACUUCAGGAGACUCGACCUCAGUUUCAAGGGAGGGAGCUAGAGGAUCUGCUUCCUUUGCCCCUGCAGAGGCUGCAACAGUACAAGCAUUUCUUCAGAGAUCUGCUGGAGAACACCAGCCCAGACACUGCUGAGUACCAGAAACUUGCAAAGACUGUGAAAUCUGUUUGUGAGGUGUCUCACUGGGUCCAAGACAUCUUUGAUAAGAGAGAGAACUCCUUGCAGCUACUUCGAGUUCAGAAAUUGCUCAAAGGACAAAAGACACAGGUUUUGACUCCAGGGCGCUGGUAUAUCCGGGAAGGCUGGCUUUUGGUGGUUCCUUCCAAGGGAGAAGAACUGAAGCGUAGGAUGUUCUUCCUGUUCUCUGAUAUCCUCAUUGCGGCAAAGCCCUGCCACCCACUGCACCUGCUGAACUCCAACAAACUGAACUGCCAGGCUGUCUACCCGCUCCACCAGUGCUCAGUGGAUAAAGUGUUCGGCCACACAUGGAGCCAGGGAGGGCUACUCAGUCUUUCCUUUCCACACAAGACACUGCUGUUGAUGUCCAGCAACCAACAAGAGAUUAAUGACUGGUACCAGAGUCUCAAAGCUGCAGUCAGGCAGCUGAAAGCCUGACCCACCCGAGUACAAGACAGACUGGCAGGACAACCACCCUCAUGGCAGAAGCUUCCAUAUUUUAUAUGUUCAGGGAUAUUUAGUAGCACUGAAUUGGGAAGGACUACAUACCAGGUUUGUGAGAUGAUGGAUGCUUUGUUAGCCGCCCUAAUGUUUAUAUAGAUGCUGCAAAAAAAAAAUUGUACAUAAAAAAAACACGUAUGAAGGAUUUUCUUCAAUUUAUCUUAGAAACUUCUAGCUUUUUUGCACUUUAGUGAACUCAUUAUUAACUUAAGGUCAAGCAGAUGAGUGUGUGACUUAUUUUCCCUCAUGAAAUGUGUUUUAAAGGUAUUUUUGUACUUUGUUAAAGCCUCAGCAUAGACUUUUAAUAAUGUGGAAGUGGUGCAGCAGUUUGAUUCAGAAAACAUCUAUUUGAAUAUGGUCAACUGCAAAGAGAACAAUUUUAAUGUUAUUAGAAACAU